GUGUCUGGGCAACUAUUUAGGUUAAUAAACUAGCAUAUGAUUCCCUUAAUGUCUGGCUCGUCCCUCCAGGAUUCACCACUUGAUGUGUAGAUGGUGCAGCCAGUGACGCAACGGCAAGUGACUGAUGCUGGUCAAUAAACCUGUCUCCUCUUGGGAAUUCCUAAUGACGCCCAAGGGUGGGGUAAUGGGACACCCUGGGUGAAGGAAAUGUCCCCAGAAAAGUGGAUGAGCCAGAAUCCUGUUGGCCAGUGGUACCAACACUACUGGGACCAGAUCCAUUUAGAAAAGUUGCUGAAACUGAAAGGAGUAGAGGAGCCUGUACUUUAAUUUUGCGUGGAGCUUUUGGAAAAUUACUGCAAUGCUGUAAAUCAGAACCUCAGUUAAGUUCGGUAGCUGUAGUGGGAGGGAAGUGGAAGAAUCCAGUGACAGCCACCAGAGUUUUAGAAAAUGCAGAGUUUGAUGCUGUUCUGUAGAAGAGGAUAUAUUUAAACCCACAUUCGUCUGAAGGAUCAGUGUUUAUCCUAAAUAUCACGGUUUAACAUCCCAAAAAGUAUAAGAGGCAGACGUACAAAUGUCUACCACAAGACUAAAGUGUGACAUGUUAUGUUCUUUACCAUAAGGACCCAUAAAAUGAGCUCCAUUACAGACAGAGAUGAUGGUAGUAUUUUUGAUGGUCUGGUGGAAGAAGAUGACAAGGAUAAAGCAAAAAGAGUGUCUAGAAACAAGUCUGAAAAGAAACGUAGAGAUCAGUUUAAUGUUCUCAUCAAAGAGCUUGGUUCCAUGCUUCCGGGUAAUGUUCGGAAGAUGGAUAAAUCCACUGUAUUGCAGAAAAGCAUUGACUUUUUACGGAAGCACAAAGAAAUCACUGCACAGUCAGAUGCCAGUGAAAUUCGACAGGACUGGAAACCUACAUUCCUUAGUAACGAAGAGUUCACACAGUUAAUGUUGGAGGCUCUUGAUGGGUUUUUUUUAGCAAUCAUGACAGAUGGAAGUAUAAUAUAUGUGUCUGAAAGUGUAACUCCCUUACUUGAACAUUUGCCAUCUGAUCUUGUGGAUCAGAGUAUAUUUAAUUUUAUCCCAGAGGGGGAACAUUCAGAGGUUUAUAAAAUACUGUCUACUCAUCUGCUGGAAAGUGAUUCAUUGACCCAAGAAUAUUUAAAAUCAAAAAAUCAAUUAGAAUUCUGUUGCCAUAUGCUGCGAGGAACAAUAGACCCGAAAGAACCACCUACAUAUGAAUAUGUAAAGUUUAUAGGAAAUUUCAAGUCUUUGAAUAAUGUCCCCAACUCAGCGCACAACGGUUAUGAAGGAACUAUCCAGCGGCCCCAUCGGCCUUCAUAUGAAGACAGAGUUUGCUUUGUAGCUACAGUUAGAUUAGCUACACCUCAGUUUAUCAAGGAAAUGUGCACUGUUGAAGAACCCAAUGAAGAGUUCACAUCUAGACAUAGCUUAGAAUGGAAGUUCCUAUUCUUGGAUCACAGGGCACCUCCAAUAAUAGGCUAUUUACCAUUCGAAGUUCUGGGGACAUCGGGCUACGAUUACUAUCAUGUAGAUGACCUAGAAAAUCUGGCAAAAUGUCACGAACACUUAAUGCAAUACGGGAAAGGGAAGUCAUGUUAUUACAGGUUCCUGACAAAGGGGCAGCAGUGGAUUUGGCUACAAACACAUUACUAUAUUACUUAUCAUCAGUGGAAUUCCAGGCCAGAGUUUAUUGUCUGUACACACACUGUAGUAAGUUAUGCAGAAGUUCGAGCAGAAAGAAGGCGAGAACUUGGUAUUGAAGAGUCUCUUCCAGAGAUAGCAGCAAAUAAAAAUCAGGACUCCGGAUCUGAUAAUCAUAUAAACACGGUCAGCCUCAAAGAAGCAUUGGAAAGAUUUGAUCACAGCGGUACACCUUCUGCUUCCUCCAGGAGUUCGAGGAAAUCUUCGCAUACUGCAGUCUCAGAUCCAUCAUCAACGCCAACAAAGAUGACAAUGGACACUAGCACUCCUCCAAGACAAAACUUAUCUGGUCAUGAAAAGACUGCACCAAGGAGGUCAUCACUUAGUAGUCAGUCCUUAAACGCCCAGUCUGUUGGACAACCAUUAGCACAGCCAAUGAUGUCUCAACCUGCAACUUUGCAGAUCCAGCCAGGCAUGUCCCAGCCUAUGUUCCAGUUCUCAGCCCAAUUGGGAGCCAUGCAGCACCUAAAGGACCAGUUGGAGCAAAGAACACGAAUGAUAGAGGCAAAUAUUCAUCGGCAGCAAGAAGAGUUGCGUAAGAUUCAAGAACAGCUUCAAAUGGUCCAUGGUCAAGGGCUUCAGAUGUUUUUGCAGCAAUCAACUCCUGGAUUAAACUUUGGUUCUGUGCAGCUUACUUCUGGGAACUCUUCUAACAUUCAGCAGCUUACACCAAUAAACAUGCAAGGUCAAGUUGUUCAGGCUAAUCAAAUUCAAGGCGGAAUGAACACUGGGCAUAUUAGUACUCAGCACAUGAUACAGCAACAGCCUUUGCAGAGUACAGCAACACAGCAUACUCAGCAAAAUAUACUUAGUGGGCACAAUCAACAGACUUCUCUUACCAGUCAGUCACAGAAUACACUUUCAGCCCCCUUAUAUAACACUAUGGUGAUUUCCCAGCCAACGACAGGAAAUGUGGUCCAGAUUCCAUCUAGUUUACCACAAAACAACAACCAGAGUGCUGCAGUAACUACUUUCACCCAGGACAGACAGAUCAGAUUUUCUCAAGGUCAGCAGCUUGUCACAAAAUUAGUCACCGCCCCUGUAGCAUGUGGAGCGGUAAUGGUCCCAAGCACUAUGUUUAUGGGGCAGGUGGUGACUGCCUACCCCACUUUUGCUGCACAACAGCAGCAGCCACAGACAUUAUCAAUAACGCAGCAGCAGCAGCAGAGUCAGCAAGAGCAGCAACAGCAGCUCAGUACGGUUCAGCAAUCGGCUCAAGCUCAGCUGACGCAGCACCCGCAGCAGUUCUUACAGACAUCCAGGCUACUUCAUGGAAAUCAGUCAACUCAGCUUAUUCUCUCUGCUGCUUUCCCACUACAACAAAGCACUUUUACUCAAUCACACCACCAGCAGCAUCAAUCUCAGCAGCAGCAGCAACUCUCACGACAUAGAACUGACAACAUGAUUGAUCCUUCCAAAGUUCAGCCACAGUAGCACGGGGAUUCACUUCUUCUAGAAGCAAACAGCAGGGAGGAGCUGCUCCAUAAACAGUUGCACUGAUGAUAGUAGAGGUAGAAGUCCAAAGGCUUUAUAAAGUACAGUAUUGAGGUCUACUUCUAACUUCUGGGAAUCUGUUUGCAGAAGAAACUACUACAAAAUGUUGUGGAGGUACCUUAGAUACAAACAGCAAAAAGAUAACAGGGACAUGGCCAACUUUGACAGUCUUUUAGUUGUCCCAAUUUCUGUGUUCUAAAGGAUGUGCUACCACGUAAUAACUUGUCCAGAUCAAGUCUCAAACCCUCAAUGAACCGAAAAGGGUACUAAAAAUGUUGGUAUCUUUAGCAGUCCUGUAAGUUUGUCAAAUGUGACCAUGGACACACAGUUGCUCACAAUAAUGCUACAAAUACAGUCCAAAAGACAUUUAAUUUUUUUUUUCAGAUGAUUAUGGGACAAGUAAAUAUUUUCAAAAUGUUGCGUGGAAUCAGAUUCUGUAUUGUACAGAUGUAAAAUAAUGUGUAUAUGUCUGGAUAAAAGGAGAGAGAGCAAAAAUAUUUUAUAUGAUGCAUGAAAAUGUAAUCUUGUUGUUUGUAGGUUUGAAUGUUUCCCUAAAUUCUCACACCAUGCGCCGACUAAUAUUUUCCUCUGUUCUACCCUUUUGUUUACAACAUGAUGCAUCAUAAUUUUCACCCUUAAUGUGGGCACAAGUCUCUUUGUUUGUGCUUUGUCUGCGAUGUCGCAGUUUGUUCAGUGAGGUAUAGUGUGCUGGUUAGUGGAUUUUUUGGGGUUAAAUUAUUGAUGAAACUGUUUGAACUGAUGGUCACGCAUCAGGAUCCAAGACAUUCAGAUUUCAGAAAUAUCAUCCAUCAUUUCACAAUUAUUCAUUGUUUUUUGAUUGAAAAAUAGGAAUUUGCACUGCUUUAUUGUGGAUGGUUUGGAAUUUUACUCCCCAAAGCUAUCUUUUGAUAUAGAUCAUAGUUGGAAAUAUUUAUGUAAAAGGUUUUAAAAAAACUACAUAAAAGUAAUUUUCAAGAAUGUGUCAGUUAUAGGAGUAAUUUGCACAACAAUAUAUUUACACUUAAUAACAUUUUAGGCACUUUUUAACCACCUUCUCUGUGGUGAGAAUUGUAACUUUUUAAAAUAUGUUGGAAUCUUUUUAUUCUCCUUUUAAAAAUUAGAUCUUUCUUUAGUCAGAACUGAUUCAGGGUCAUUUUAAAACAAAAAAACAAGAAACCCAUAGUGCCUUGAUUUUAAUUCAGGUGAUAACAUUGAACAUCUUGAAUUAUGUUGUCUUGAAUCUGUUACGAUUUUACAAUUUUGAAGUCUUAGUACAAUCUCAACAAAAUGUGUUUCUACUUCAGAGCUAUAUCUUGUUUGUGUUCAUAUAUUACAAGUAUUUUAACAAUCGUCUGAGUUGAGAUCAUGAGCAUUUUUUUAAAGGGGUGCCUCUCCCCUCAAACACUAAAAUGGAAACAGGUAUCUAAUGAUUUACCUGUAAAGUGUUCAGAGUAUAAGAAGUAGCGCUCUUUAGUGGCUCCAAAACACAGAUUAGUCAUUUGGGGGGGGGGGGCGAUUAAUCUGACACUUUUUAAUCAGAUCAAAUCCAAUUUUACUUUAUUGAUUGGAAUUUAAUGGAAAAAUAAAGAGGGGAUUAGGAUUGCAUGUUUAACACUCUGAGUAUUGACUUAAAAGGGAUACCACUAAACUAAGACUUCAAAAGGCAACCUCACUUUAUAAAGAUAAUAAAAAGUUCCAACAGAAAUGAUUUCCUAUUUUUAAAUGUUCAGUAGAUUUCUAUGGUACUACUUCGUACAAAUCACAUCUGCAGAGCAAAAUGAGCUAAUACCAAGAUAGACUUGGUAGUUAAAAAAGAAAAUUAAUUAAAAUUAACACUGAGGAGGGAAAGUUUUUAGUCAAGAAGCUGAAUUAAGUCAGAGUAUUAGGGAGGAGCUGUAUGAAUGUAACCAAAUUGUGGUGGAAUAUUAAAUAUUAGGAACAGUUUGAUUGUAUUAUUGGGUGACCAGAGCUGACUGAAAGGUAGUGUUAAGUUAGUGAACACUAGAUGCAGUUACCUUUUGAGGCUUCUUCCUAAAAUGAGCUUUGGCCUCUCCACUGUCAUCUCCUCAUCAGAUUAGCCCCUCACCCCCAAACCAUAAAGCAACAGGUCAACAGUGGAUCCUGGGAGAAUCACAGUGGAAAAGGGAGGAGGGCGUAAGAAGUAAAGAACCAAAGAGAACUGGGUUGGUUUCUGCUCCAGGAAGUCUCUUGCAACAAGGAGUAGGAACAGAUACAAAUAUUAAACAUAUCCAGGAAACUUUCCAUUUCUGUGCUCUUUAAAGGCAUUUCUGUCAUUCCCUGAACCAAUAUAAUUGUCAAAAACAUAUAUAUUUUUUAAGUUUUAGAAAAGCGAAACUCCAUCGACUUCUCCCCCCCCCCCCAUAUUGCCUUGCUAAUCCUGCCAUACCAUUCCACCUGUAUCCAAAAUUUAAGCUGCAUUGACCAGAGGUCCAUUCCAUAAAGACUUUUAGUGAGAAAUAGACUUGUUAGGUAAAGGUUUUAACCUAAUUACAAUAAUAAAAUAGCACUAAAGAAGAAAAUUGGGAGAGCUUUAAUAUUACUCUUAGAAAUAUAGUGUGGUGGUAAAACCAGCCGAUAAACUGUAGCAGUUGCAGCUACAGUAAAUGCAGAGCAUAACCAGCAGACAGCUGAGAGAGUUUUAUAUAUAAGCUUCAUUCAAGCCCCUUCUAUCAACCAAAAAAAUACUGUGGUGUGCUGUUGUAGGUCAGACAAUAAAAAGGCAGCCUAACUUAGGUGUGAGAGGUUUUUAUAUAAACAUAGCUAUUGGAAGGGGACUAAGAGGAAAAAAUCUGUCCUUUGAUCAAGAAGCCUUCCAUAAGCUCAGAGGGGAAAGUCAUCCAAAAAUGAAGCUACACUUUACCUGCUAGCUGAUAAAGAGAAGAGGGGGAAUUCUAAGAGACUGGAAAAUUAUUACAUACAUUUGAAAAGCUUCUGCCACAAUUCCGGCAAAUGUCAAAAAAAAAAAAAAAAAAAAAAAAAAAAAAAAAGAAAAAGCACACAGUAUUUCACUGACUCUAAUUGGCGUGGAUGCUCUGCUUCUCUUUCACUGACUAUUAAAGGAUUUGUGAUCAAACAGGGCUCACUUCUGCUCCUAUUAAAGUCAAUUGCAAAACUCCAUUGACUUCUGUGGGAAGAAAAUUGGGCCCCAGUCUGUCUCUCUUCUAAUCAGCCUUAUGCUUCUGCCCAGCUUAUUCACUGGUGUGGCAAACCUGUUGUUUGUGACAUCCCAAUAGAUAUCACAGCAGCAAAUGCUAUGAUGUUUAAUGUUACAGAAUGACUCUGACAGGAGUGAGGAAGUUGGCUAAGAAGGAGAAAAUGUUGUAUUAUGGAUAAAUGCCUUGGUGACAUACAGUUAAGAAAAAUAUCAUGCUGUAUUUUCUUAAUAGAGUUUUGAUGAGAAAAUUAGUAAGUUUGCCUGGGUUGGGUGAGAACUCAAAGAAAAGCCUCAGAAUUUCAGAGGGAAAAGAAAUAUAGCUAUUUUUAUAUUAUAUUUAAUAUAUGUUAUAUUUGUAUAUAAAUAUGAAAAGAUUAUAGUAAGAACUCUCCAUAUGCCUUCCAUUUUAUCUAAACGUUUACCUCCUGGUGCUAUGGCUCCAGUGUAUCACCAUCUUUGUAGGCAUUAUGCCUGCUGCCAACCAACAUCAAAGUUAAUGUUCCAAUAUCCUUACAACAGAUAGGCCCCAGUUCAGCAGUGUGCCUAACCUGAAGCAUGUAAGUUAGUCCAAUUUAAGUGAAUGCUAACAUACUGUGCUGAAUAGGGUCCUCAGUUCUCCUUAGUGCCCAUGCUGGCAAUUUUUCAUGGGAAAAGGAGAAACCCUCGCAAGACUCAAGUAGCGCAGUUUAAAAAAAGGUUUUGGAAUAAUGAUAAGCACUUUACUGAAAAGAACUAUUCGGAAAACAGUUAAUUAUUUUAGGCAAUGGAACGGUUCAAAAGUGGCCCAACGGAAUUCGAAUGUAGAAAACUGUCAAAGAGGCAUUUCUGGAAAAUGUUUCUAAAUGUGGUGAUCCUUUGAGGCUCUAAAUGUGAGAUUAAAAAGGCAUCUAAAAUUGGUUGAUUUUGUUUUAAUAUGGCCUUAGGAAAGGCUAAAUCUACAUAAAUACUAGCUUCUUUUGAGAUUUCUUUUAAAGUUGCACAAUUGCCUGUGAGAAAGAAAUGAUCAGGAGGCUUAUUAACCUGUUCAGUAAUUCUAAACGGCCCUUGGGAUUAUAAUUUGCAUUAAAAUAUGUGUAGAGGGUUUACAGAUGUGGCCUUUAGUAGACUGUUGCAGUCCCCAAAUCUAGAAUAACUAGUAUUCUUAGAGAUAAAACCAGAUGUAGUUAUGAGUACAUUUUAAAUGCCAUGGCAUCAUGCAAUGUCAGCACAUGCAUGUUAGAUUCGUGUCUCCCUUUGAAAUCAUUCUUGAAACAAGAUACUCAUUGAGAAGGGCUGGGGAAAUUAUUAUUUUUGGAUAAAAGGGAGAAAAAGACCAGCAUAGUACUGAAUCUUCUUUUUUUUUUACUUCUCCCCAGUGGAAAAAGUUAAAAACUAUUUGAAACUAAUUGGGAUAAAGAAUUUUGUAUACAGUAUAUUUGAAGUUGAAUGUUAAAUGGCUCAUAGUACAUGAGAGAAACUUUGAGAGAUUUUUAAAUUAAAUCUGGUUGUCCAUUAGAACUUUUUUUUUAAUAUCCUGAUUUGAACACUACAUUCCUUGUUUUUUUCUUUAAUAAACAAGUAAUUUACAGGCUCUGUUUGCUUCAUGCUUUGUCAUCUGCAUGGGUUUGGCCAGCAUGGUAUGCUAAAUUGUACCUAUAAAUAAAAAGGAAAAACAAAACACUGUGUAUGAACAAAAUACUGUAUUGCCUGAUAUGGAGAUCCCAGCCAAGACUGAGAAGUGCUGCCCUAACAGACAAUCAAAAUGGGUGACUAUUUAUGAAAGACUUUGUGGAAUGAUCUUAAAGAAGUAACUGCUUUGAAAGCAGUUGUUUUUUUUUUAAAUAAGGUAAAACUAUUUAUUUUAAAAUAUAUCAAUUGGAUUGAAUUUUGAGUUUUUAAGCAGUGUUGAAUUCACAGUGUCUUGGGUUUUGGUUUGGUUUUGUACUUUCUAACUGGCAUUAGAAUUGUAUAUGUAGAAAACUAGUGCCACUCAUACUGACGUCAGGAAAUGUAGAUACAGUUUCCUGGUGUUCAUGUGACCAUUACUAACUGUCAAUUUUUUAAAUUGAAUAAAUGUAACUCCUUUGAAAUUCUACUUCUUGUAGCUUCUAAGGUUCUGGUAACUUUUCUGAUUUCACUUUUAUAUCCUACAGGGUUCCAUAGUUAAAGAUCUCUUAACAUUUGAACAAAUAUACCAAAGGCACUUCUUUUCUUCCAUACCCCGACAAAGAACAGUGAUAUGGCAAAUGAGGGUAGCGCUAUAUUUAAAAUGUAUAUUGCACUUUUUCUUGCCUACUUUCUGUAUCACUUCAUAAAAUGAUGGCCUGUCCUGAAGAUUACAGAGAUGUCAGUGUUUCUUAUAUCUGGUAUUGUUUUCAGCCCUUGUGUAAGGGAUAUAAGACAGAUGGCAGUCUCUGUUUUAGUUAAAAUAAUCUAAUGCUUUCAAAGAGUAGUAUUAUCUGUUCAGAUUAUGCCCUUGGAUAUAUCUGUGUAUUCUUCAUGAUGCGUAGGUGUAACAGAAGGCAGAAUUUGACCUAAUUUAUGUGUCUUCAUUACUAUCUUGAAACUGAUCAAGCCAGUCUUGUUUGAAUAUGUACUCUUUGCAACUAAAAUGUUUUAAUAAUGAAGUGUAAAGAUUUCAUGCCUUCCUUACAUUUGCAUGGUGACAUAAAUAGGAGUUCUGUAUGCAGCACUGGGGCAGCAUAUAACCCAAUGUGGUGGUUUAAUUAAACAGACUGGGCCAGAUCCUGCUCUCACAUUGAAAUAACUCCAUUGACUUCUGGUUGGCUUUGGUGGCGUUACCCUGGAAUGUGGAAUUGGAUCUAAAAGUGUGCCCUGUAACUCAAGAUAAUGGGAAUGUGGCAAAUGUGCUAAAAGGUUUGUUUUUGUUUUUAAUUUCUGGGCAAACUAUGACAUCACUUCAUUGUCAGAACGCUGAUCUUUUCAUGUUGGGAGUGAGAUUGUACUAGUGCAAUCCCAUUGCUGGCAAUGAGUGCAAAGUUAAUGUAGAAUUAGCCAUACAAAUUCUUUAGCUGAAAAAACAAAUCUGCACCAGAUGAUAGUGUCUUUUUAUAAAAAGACAGUCCGUUUUCUUAAAACAGAACUUAGGAAAUAUCAAUGUAUUUUUCCAUAUACUUAUCAACCAGAAGAGCUAUAAUUCAAACUGCUGAUAUAACUGAAGCAGUGUUGUUCAAUUACAUUUCACUGUUGUGCAAGUUUGGGAACCAGCACCUUAUUUAGACAAGACCAUAACUGUUUAAUAUUUGUAAAGAUUAAAAAUUGAAAGUCUAGUUAACAAAGCACUUUUUUCUGCCUCAAAGGGCUAGUGGAAAAUAGAAGUGUUUAAUUUUUGUAAAUUUCCUAUUGUUGACAUGGAGUAGUAGUUGAAACAACAUCAAUGAAUAAUUUUUCACUCUUACUAGUGUGCUGUACGGAGCUAGGGAUGCACUGUCCUUUCCAUUACUGUCACUACUGCUUGGCUCUUGAAAUUAAUUGGAUCAAAUUAGUUAAUUUGGGGGAAAAUCAUCAUCCUAGUCAACUAGAGGAAACUAAAAAAAAUUAUGGUACAUGCUAAGAACAGAUAGGUGACACGUGAGUGAAUGAAAAGCUGUUUUUCCUUCCCCAAGAACGCUGCUGGUGUUGCAAACGCUGCCUACACUAGCAAACUUCGUAGCUGUAAUUCACCACUAAUGGAACUAUUCUGGUAUUAGGGUAUGUCUACACUUACCAUGGAUUGACGCUGUGGCGAUCGAUCAACUGGGGGUUGAUUUAGUGGGUCUAAUGAAGACCCACUAAAUCGACCACAGAUCACUCUCCCGUUAACUCCAGUACUCCACUGGAACGAGAAGCCUAAGGUAAGUCGAUGGGAGAGUUUCUCCUGUCGACCCAGCACGGUGUAGACCCCACAAUAAGUCGACCUAAGCUACGUCGACUCUAGCUACGUUAUUUACAUAGCUGGAGUUGUGUAAUUUAGGUUGACUUAACCCCAUAGUGUAGACCUGCCCUUUGUGUAGACAAGGCCAAAUAGUGACUUUAGCUUGUGAGACUUGGAGGCCACAGAUGCCAAGAAUGUGAAUGACAGCACUGAACAGAUUUAAUUUCAUUAUUUAAUCUCCCAGAACAUGAGCCGAGAUUUUGGUUAGGAUGAGACCCUAUAUUAACCUGUGUAGGGUGAAUGGCCUAAGCCACAAAGGUCCAAUCUUGCACCUUUAUUCAUGUGAAGUCAGUGGGGCGACUCGUGAAAAAGGUCUGCAGGAUGGGACUAUAUUGGAACUUUGAUAGAAGGAGCUUCAGCUGGACUGAUUACUGAUGGGAGUAAGGGAUCCAGAAUCCAGGCCUCAAACUGCUGCAAAAUCUAGCAUGAGCUGCAUUUAGGAAUAGACUCUGAGGUUGAUACUGGCUGGUUUUCAGGUAUAAUUGGAGGGCAGUUCAGCUUGUACAACACCUCGUUCUAACCUGUGCAGUCAAUCACUGACUCUCACGACCACAAAAUUUACAUUUAAAUGCCAUAAAGUAGUCAUGCUUCACAACUAUAAGCCCAUUAGCAGGCUUUUUCUGGAAUAUAUCCAACACAUUCACAUUGCUCUCCUGAUACUGUGUUUUAUUAGUGUUUGAAGAUUGUACCUGUACUUUGUUUUUGCCCAGUUUCUAUUGAAAACUUUGUACUGGCAACAGAGCAAACCUCAUGUUUAAAAGUCUGGUGGUAGCUUAAUCUCCCCUUAGUGUUCUUUAACAUAUAGAGAAAUUAAAUGAAACCAAGAA